AUGGAAUUUGGCAGCUCGCUCGACGAAGGAUGGCGGCGCCUUGAGGGUGCAGGUGCAUCGGCAGUCACGUUGCUCGGAUCCGGUAACGAGAUGCGAAACACGCAAGGCACCGUUAACUGCAAGACGGCUAGAUUUGUGCGAGUGAGUACCACCAAAUCAACUCAACACAUCUAAUUUCAGCGGAGAUAUUCUUGACAGCUCGUCUGGGAUCCACAGAUGUCAAUGGAGGCCGACAUUUCACAGCGCGCCGGCGAAGUUGUGUGUUUUGUUGAGCUAGGUGUAACAACGCUGAAGGAGAAGCGAUUGCUUUCGUUGGUCGAUGUCUUCCCAGUUGCCAUGGACAUCCGGGGGUUGUACGAGAGAUUCGAUGUGGAUGGUCCUCGCACCCUCAGCCUGAUCGGCGUCGAGCGUCUCCGCCAACUUGUGUCCAUCAUCCCGAAUACGGGAGGCGGCCCGGCCGCCUCCCACCGCGGCCGAGCUUGCGCAAGGCGCAGGGCCAGCUGUGACAGCUCCCGACACAUAUUCGAUAUCUGUUUUUCCACAUUCAACUGCGACCGCUCUGCGCUGA